UCUGUGUGACAUUUCACGUGUUGAUUUCGGGAAUUCCCCGAAAAUGGCCGAAAUGUCAACUAGUUUGCUACCCAACCAAACAAUGGGAUUUUCGUGGCAUCUUUUCUAGAUUGAUUUUCUCGUAGUUUUUCCGUGUAAUUGUGUUAAUUUCCCACCUUGUUUGCCCCUAGGUAGCCUGUAGAAUUAUUUGUGAGUGUUGAAAUAGAAAAAUUUUGUGGGAAAAGUGUGAAAAAUGCUCCCAAAGAGACACCGUGAUUCGGAUGAAAGUGAUGAUGAAAAUAUUUUGCAGAGAACAGAUGAGGAUCUCUCUGUGAAUCAAGUGGAGAUAAAUACACAGAUUCCCGUGUUUACACGUCCAACAGAUAGACCGCAGGAGAAGUGCAUUUAUGAGAGUCUGGAUUAUGAGGUGAUUGAGAAUGAUUUGUGGCAUGAGGAGCGUGAAAAGAGACCACAGAGCUUUGAAAUGUGGAAGGAUUUCUUCAGGUGGCUAAUCUUCAUCUCCAUCGGCGUCUCCACGGCCCUCGUUGCAUGCCUCAUCAACAUUCUCAUUGAAGAGUUCUCAGAUCUCAAGUACAACUUCCUAAAGCACUCUGUUGACAGUAAUGUGAUAAAUGGAGAUCUUGCUAUUCCCUACCUCUUUUGGAUGCUUCUCAACAUCAUUCCCGUACUCAUUGGAUCGGUUCUCGUGACGUACGUGGAACCAAUAGCCGGUGGUAGUGGCAUUCCGCAGGUAAAGUGCUACCUCAAUGGUGUAAAAAUUCCCCGAUUGAUUCGCAUCAAAACACUGGCGGUUAAAGUUGUGGGAGUCGCAACGAGUGUCAUUGGGGGCUUAGCUGGUGGCAAGGAGGGCCCAAUGAUUCAUUCUGGGGCCAUUAUUGCUGCUGGAAUAUCCCAGGGGAAGAGUACAACGUUCAACAAGGACUUUGGGGUUCUCCGCUACUUCCGUGAUGAUCACGAGAAGAGGGAUUUCGUCGUUGGUGGAGCUGCAGCGGGUGUGGCGGCAGCUUUUGGAGCUCCCUUUGGGGGUGUUAUCUUCUCCCUGGAAGAAGUGGCGAGUUUCUGGAAUCAAUUACUCAUUUGGCGCACAAUGGUAGCUUCCGUGAUCAGUUCAUUCGUCCUCAAUAUUGUCUUGUCCGCUUACUACGGCCAAUCGAGUUUGGUCUAUCCGGGUCUCUUUAAUUUAGGCAAAUUCGAACCACUACCCUUCACCUACCUCGAAUUGCCCAUUUUUGUCUGUAUGGGUGUAAUUGGGGGCCUCCAGGGGGCACUGUGGAACUUUGUCAACAUCAAACUCUACAUUUUCCGCACAAAAUACGUCACGAAGAAGUGGGAAAAGGUGCUCGAUGCAUUGUUUAUUGCAGCACUCAGUGCCACCUUUGGGUCCAUCCUCAUGUACUCGCUGAAUGACUGCAAACCCCUGGGGAAUGAUCCCAUCAAGUACCCAGUGCAGCUCUUCUGCGAAGACAAUGAAUACAAUGCCGUGGCAGCAUUGUGGUUUCAAACUCCGGAAGCUAGCGUAAAGAGCCUCUUCCAUGACCCACCGGGAUCUCACAAAAUCCUCUCUUUGGCACUCUUUGUGCUCGUCUACUAUCCCCUCUCGUGCCUCACUUUUGGCCUCAAUGUCUCCCUCGGUAUCUUCAUCCCAAUGCUCCUUGUGGGAGCUGGCUGGGGACGUCUCACCGGGAUGACAAUCACCUCCAUCUUUCCCACAAUGAAUCUCCAUCCGGGAAAGUAUGCCCUUAUUGGGGCUGCAGCUCAACUUGGUGGUGUCUUGAGGAUGACAAUAAGUCUCAGUGUGAUUCUCAUUGAAUCCACGGGGAAUAUUUCCUUCGCUUUCCCACUCAUUGUCACCUUGAUCACUGCCAAAUGGGUGGGAGAUUACUUCAAUGAGGGAAUUUAUGAUACACAAAUAGCUGUCUGGCGUGUUCCAAUGCUCCCCUGGUCACUGGAGCCCAUGUUUCAGAAGCUCAAUGCCUACAACAUCAUGAAUACACCCGUGGUGACGAUAAAGUUGCGUGCAAAGGCAAAAUACAUCUAUGAUAUCCUCAAGAAUAAUCACUACAACGGGUUCCCUGUUGUGGAUGACAAUGGGUGCCUCCGGGGGCUUAUCCUGCGAUGGCAACUCGUGGUAAUUCUCACACAGAAGCUCUUUGUGGAGAAGAAGAGAUUCUGGGAGAAGGAUGUUUCCAUUGAAACAUUCCGGAAGGAAUAUCCACGAUAUCCCUCAAUAUCGGAUGUAAAACUCCAUAUGGAUAAAAGAGACUACACAGUUGAUCUUAAGAUGUUCAUGAAACCAUCACCACACUCCAUCACAAAGGAUACGUCUGUUCCGAGGAUUUUUCAACUUUUCCGUGCCCUGGGACUUCGUCAUUUGCCCGUUGUGAGUGUCAACAAUGAAGUUGUGGGUAUAAUCACACGCAAGGACUUCCUGAAGUAUCACAACCACUAAAUCCAGUGAGUCCCUCCAUCACCCACAUUUAAAAGAAUAAUAUUUUUUUGUAUUAUCGUGCGUAAAUUAAAAGUCAAUCAUAACGCA